GCCGAUAAGAGGAGCACAGAGCGGAGACCUCCUAUCAAGACCCGGUACAGAGCCACAGAUCUGAACAAGUCUCCGCAUCGAAGGACAACGAAUUUGGUAGAAUUCCUCACUUCUAACCAUGAACAGAGCAUUGGGAGCGUUGGUGCUGCUAUCGGCUAUCUGCUGCUACCUAGCGGCCAAUGCCAAGCUCCUCCGCGCAAAGAGAGGGACCCGCUCUAGUAGAGCACGUUGUGUGGAUAGUCAGACGUCAGCAGUGCGUAGUCAAGGGGACACAUGGCUGCGAUGGAGGGGGCAGCGGGUGGAGUAUUGCAGCUGUACACGACGAGGAGAGCGCUGCCAUUAUGUGCCAGUAGUCAACUGCUACAUGCCCCGGUGUUAUAAUGGAGGGACUUGUAAAGAGGCUGUGUACUCUUCAGACUACCUGUGCCGGUGCCCCCCAGGUUUCACCGGGACCCAGUGUGAGAUCAACACCAGUGAAAAGUGUGUUGUGGGAAGGGGUGGAGGGUACCGCGGUACGUGGAGUAUCACCAAGUCGGGGGCCGAGUGUAUCAACUGGAACGCUUCUUCUCUGAGGGAGAAGAAGUUCACAGCCAGGAAGUCUGAUGCCAACAGCCUGGGACUGGGAAAUCACAACUUCUGCCGGAACCCCGACAACGACGCCACUCCCUGGUGUUAUGUGUAUAAAGGCGCCCGGCUCGACUGGGAGCAUUGUUCCUUGCCCAGAUGUACAGAAGAUAAGUAUCGAGAGUGUACGCAGGGCUCGGGCCAAGAGUACCUUGGGACGAAAGCUGUCACCAAGAGCGGCUCUCGCUGUCUGCCCUGGGACUCGCCCUUCAUCAGACACAAGCUGUACAACGCAUGGAGACCUGACGCCCUGAAGCUGGGGCUGGGCAGCCACAGCUUCUGCAGGAACCCGGAUAACGAUGCGGGGCCGUGGUGUUUCACCUACAGGAGCUUCAAGCUCACCUGGGAGCUGUGCGACAUCACCAAGUGCUCGAGGCGUCCAGCCACUAUGACCUCUCUUGGCCCCAGAGGCCCCAUCGGUAACGACUUAGGCACAGCAUCAUGCGGCCAGCGUUCGGAUAACUCCCUGAGUCAACCCUCCUUCCGUAUAUUUGGGGGCCGUGGGAGUGACAUCACAGAGCAGCCCUGGCAGGCGGCCAUUAAUGUUUACAAGCCGCGUUACCGUCAACACUUUCACCGAUGUGGAGGGAUCCUUAUUGACUCCUGCUGGGUCCUGUCUGCCGCACACUGCUUUGAGGAGUGGUUUUCGACACAGUCAGACAUUGCACAGUUGCAGGUGGUUCUGGGCAGAACGUUUCGUAAAAAGAAUUCUACCACUGAGCAAGUUUUCAACAUUGAGAAGCUCUUGAUCCAUGAAAAAUUUGACGAAAAGACCUUUGACAAUGACAUCGCCCUUCUGAAGUUGAAGACCAACAUCGGCAUGUGUGCUGUGAACGCACCAGAGGUUUUCCCUGCAUGUCUACCUGAGCGAGGGCUGGUGCUGCCUGACUGGACCGAGUGCGAAAUCUCUGGCUAUGGGAGACAAAAUGAGUUCUCUGCAGAGUAUUCAGAACGUGUUAAGAGAGGUUAUGUCCGCCUAUGGCCCCAGGAGCGUUGUGUCCCAGAGGUGUUGUCUGAACGCACCAUCACUGCCAACAUGCUGUGUGCAGGGGACACCCGAGGACUGGAUGAUGCAUGCAAGGGGGAUUCUGGGGGUCCUCUGGUCUGCCCAAACAACGGGAGGAUGACUCUGAUGGGUGUCAUCAGUUGGGGCGAUGGCUGCGGGCAGAGGGACAAGCCCGGGGUCUACACCCGGGUCACCAACUACAUUGACUGGAUCACCAGCAAAGUGGAAGCCAACCCAGUCUUUUAAGACCUGCUGAGAAACCUGCACAGAGGAUUCUGUAGGACGAACAAACCCGUAGAUAAGACGUGUAACACAGCACACAUAGACCUGACAGACAGGAGAAACCAUAGCACUUUGGUUCAGAGCCUGUUCACCCUGAUGGUUUCCACCCACAGACCAAAAUGAUGCAACUGGCAUGUGAUGAAGCUCAGAAACACGACCAGAAAAACCACUCCCAUGCAGGGACACGCAAGACAAAAGUCUCGUUUUCGUGUUUCACUUUAUGCAACACCACUCUUUAAAGACUGCUCCUUCCCGUUACUAUGGUGAUCAAAGUAAUGUUGGCAAACCACUCGGAGCCUUUCGGGGCUCUCGCUCCUUCUCUUGUGCCAUCUACAGUGGUCUACUUUUAUCCGUUUAUGCACUAAAGUCUCUCCAGUCUGUUUCCUAUUGCCCGUCUCAACGUUCAGUUAGAGACCCAACAGGAGAAAAAAAGGAAUGUUUUAAAAAUGUGUGCUAGGCUUUGAAUGUGUUGAGGGGGUAUGCGUGAAUGACUGUGUAUGGAAUGUUGCAACACAGUACACAUUCCUAUCCGAUGGCCAUCGGCACAUAGUUAUUAGCCUUGUUCCACAUGACUUCUUGCUGGUAUACUAGACUGAAGACAUCAUGGUGACAUGGGGUCAGUAACGUUUCUUAUCCAAUGGGACACACUCAACAUGGGCAUUUACUUUGCACAAUAAUUCAAACAGGAAUUGUCUAGCUUUCCUCCAUAAGGCAUUUUUUUCUUCAUGAGUUUGCGCGAGGAUCGCUAAUGAACCAACUAGUUCUGAUUCAAAAUCUCUCUCGUGUAUGGAGAUGCAAUUUUCUCAUUAGAAAUAGUUCCAGUUUAUCACGCUAACCUCGAGACUUUCUGCUGGUUCAGAGUCAAUACAGGCUUGACGGCCCGUGUCCCCCCACAUGGUCCAUCUGUCUCCUUGCAGAUGGGAACAGCUUUAGAGCCCAUUCAGUUGAACUGCGUCCAGUCUUUUCAGAUUGACCGCGGACAAAAAUGUGUGUGUGUGUUUGGGGGGGGGGGUCAAAGACCUCCUGGUGUCAGUCUUUUUUAAUGAAACUCCCAUCUCCACCAGACAUUUGCUUGAUCAUAGUUCUUCUUAUCGGGACAUAUCGGACUUGGAGGCGGUUUUACUUUAGCCGACUGCAAAUCUGCACUCCCUCUGUAAAAUGACAUCUAGUUUUCUCAUCUUUCUUACUUACCGUGUGAUAGAUACUAAAGGGAAGUUGGGGUUUUAGGGGUUUUUGUACUAAGUUAAUAAUUUAUGUGUAUUUUAUAUUUUUACUAGUAACGCCUGUAUGUAAUGUAACAUGUAGUAUAAUAAUUUAUUAUUCUUGUCAUUAUAAUUACAUUUGACAAAUACUCCCUUUUCAAUAAAAACUGGAUUAAAUUUUUGUGUUUCAAAUCUUUUUAAAACCUUUUUUAGACUAAAUAGGGCAUUAACAAACCCUAGAUGAAAAUUUAAUAUUACUUUUCCCAUUCUCUCUCUCUCUCUCUCUCUCUUUUUUUUUUUUUACAAUUCAACAGCUACUUGAGAUAUUUACCUCUAAUGCAGUUGUCACUUUCAUUAACCACUGACUGAACUUAACCUAAUUAAGAUAG